AUGAACUUGAACGAUUCGGACGAUUCGGCGAUGACGGACGAGUUGAUGAGGCAGUGGUUUCAGAGCCAAAUGGGAGGAAAGAAGGCGGCGACGCCUACAGAAGGUACACAGAAGAAGGAUAGGAUUACUGUAGGUGGUGGGUUCAGACAUGGAGUGGGCGACUGUCGGAGGUCGUUUCGGAAUGGCCUACAUCGCCUUCGGAAUCCUUGCCAUCUUCGUCAACGUCGUCAUUUUCGCGUGCAUAAUCGUGCGCCGAAGAACGACUUCUUCACACGUCUUCUACAUAAUCAUCCUCAAUUUCACAAUUAUCGACACUAUCAAAGGCUAGUCCUCUCUCGGUUUCCCUUCUUCUCAAAUGAUCAGUUCAGGAAUCUGCUCAGUGUUGUUCGCCCUCAAACUGCUCACUUUCAACAUGGCCACGGAUGGCUCGAUGUGGACGGUCCGUGUCGAUCAGUACAGUGGAGUUCUUCUCCGUUUCACAAACCUGACGACAAUCAUGAACGUGCUUUUGAUAACGAUGAACGAGUUCAUCUUCAUCUGCCACCCACUCAGAUAUUCAGCCAUUGUCACGAGGUUUGUCCUUUCGCUCCGCAUUUACUCGCACGUUGUUUACCCGAUUCCAGAUGCCGUGUGCUCUGGGCGAUUGUUUUGAGUUGGCUGCUCGCCUUCCUUCUGACCCUUCUCAACAUGUUGACGAGCACCCGGCAGCGGAGUGUUAUGAUAGACACCGACUGCGACAACGGUACGAAUCGAGGGAACUGUCUCUGACAGACUGCCUUCCUUUCAGGAGACUUGAUCGGAGUGCCGUUCUGCAUCAAGCACCAGGAGACGUCCAUGUUCCACUACCUCGUCUUCCACAUGAUCCUCAUCGCGUUCUGUCUCAUCUGUCUCGCAAUCACCGCCAGCUGCUACUUCAUUCUCUUCAGGUUUUCCGUUCCUCCUUCUUCUGCCACUGAAUACCUUCUCUCUCUCCUUCAGAAUAAUCUCAAGACUGGUGCGUGCCGAUGCAAAGUACCAGGCAGAGACGGAUCUUCUUAAGGAAGAGCACUCGCACGGCAAGUCGAUCGCGCGUCGCAAGAAGUACGUUCUCAUGAUCGGAAGCGUCAUUCUCGUCUAUUCGGUCUAUCUGACCACCUACGCAGUCAUUCAGGGAAUGCACCUCAUAAAUAUCACCAGGUACACUCUCCCUUUCCAAUUGAAUCAACUGGCAUUUUUACAGCACUUCAAAAGGAUCCGAGUCCCCAGUCCACACGAGAAGUGGAUACAUCUACACAAAGUACACGUGCUACCUCUUCAUCUCAUUCCAUUCUCUCCUUCAGCCGCUCUGCUUCAUGAGAAUGCGAGAGUUCAGAAACAUUCUCAAAAAGUAACCGCAAUUCGAACGACUCCGUCCUCCAAAUGUCUCUCUUUCAGAACUCUGUUCCCUUGCAUGAAAAGUGAACCGAUUCUGACGACGGACGCCUUCAAACGGCACAGUCAACCCACGGACAUCUGA